AUGUAUCACAUUGGAAAACUAACAAACCUUGAAAGGACUUAUAAGGAGUUGGGCUACUCCCCCAAUUUCCAAUUGAAACAUGGAUUUUUAUACUGGAAACUGCACAAACCUGCAUUUAUUAAUCAACUGGAGAGCUUGACCACAGAGCUUUUAGAUGAGUUCAAUGAAGUUGAAUUUGCAAGGUAUAUACUCGAGUGUGCUCAGAAAUUGACGAAAUUUGUCAUAAUUUGUUCACCUCAAAAUUUGGCAGAAGUUAAGAGGAAGUUAGAGAAAUUCAAGAUGAUUUCCAAGGCUGCAAUUUUCUUUAAGGAAGACCGGAAAAGUGAACAAAGACAACUCUUUGAUACCAUUCCAUAA